AUGGGUCAUGAUUCUCUUCGUAUUGACACCGGAUUGCAGAACGAAGUGCCUUUCACAAGCAAUGUGCCAGCAGACAGGUCUCCCACAGUUCCGUCGUUUCGAUUAUCGAGCACUCCUAGCGAAAAGCUACCUCCUUCCCCGACAGAUAUCGACGAGGUCCACCCCCGCAGCUUCCGAAAGACAUAUGGAACACGAAGCAAUGAAUCCCGAAAGCUUCUCGCCCACAUAUUGGGCCAGCUCGCUAAUAGGAUCAUGCCUCCCAGCGUUUACGACCUUGCAACCGCGGCAGACCAGACUGGAGAGAAAGGGUUGAGCAGAUUUCUCAAGGGUGGUGUGAAGCUCGGCUCCGGAAAGCCACAGAGCAAUAGGGUCACAGGGGACGAAGAUGAUGACGCUGAAGUGGACAGGGACUUUAUGACGGACGCGACAUUUGAUUUUAUGUCCCAGUUGAAGGACGUAUUGAUGAUUUCUGUCCUCCGAGGCUGGCAGAUAUUUGACGAAGGCACAGAUGUCAAGGCCGAACGUCAGCACAGUGGGAAAAGCUCUUCGCCGUUUCGAAGAUCAAUAAGUACCUUGCAUCCUAGCGGCAAACGCUCUAGGUCACCAUCCCCAGCUUCGCCGUCUGCAAAUUUUGGAGGCCAGAUCCAUUCAACUGAACUCCUCUCUCAAUGCAUAUCCAUUCUCUCUUCCGUGGUGUCAGAAGACUGCAGAUAUAAGAUAGCUUCGCCAAGGCCAUCAUGUCCUCCAAAUGCUCUUCAGGCUCUCACAUUGAAAGUUGCCCAGUUCCUCCUACAUGUCCAUCGUCGUACUUCCAAGGUAGUAUCACAAAUAGGAUUUGCGCUUAUCCCCGCCUUCUACACGUUUCCACCCGAGAUGUAUGCACGUCUUCUGGCAUUUUUUGAGGAGUGCAUCAUACGCGGCAUUUUGGAUGACUUGCGUGAAGUGCAAGGACUUCAGGAUGAAAUAUCUUUUCAAGCUCCAGAAGCAUUUGAUGAAUCUUUGGAUGCUCCAGUGGUCUCUAUCAGAGUGGAUGAAGCAGAGGAUGAAAGUGGUAUGCAGCGUCAAGCGACGUCAAAGUGGGUUCCUUGGACCGAUACGGUCUCCUCGCGCGUCCUUAGAAUUUUGUCUACAAAUGCGCCUCUACAGCCGCCCUCAGUUUACUUCUUGGCAUCAUUAACUCCUCCCCUCUUGGCUACUAUAUUGGACAACAUUGACUUUGGUCUUGACUCAACAGCGUCCAUCGAUGUUCUGCACCGGUUGCACAGGCUUGUGGAUCUCCUUGUCACGGCCAAAGUAGAUGCCUAUCUGGAUCUACUCGAGGUAGUUGCCUAUCACUCCCCGAAAUCCAGACAUGCCGCCGCAAGUAUGUUAUCCGCGUUUUGGCCGAAAGGAAUGGGCCACGUCAUAAUCAGUAGGCCGCUUGCAAGUUCUGCAUAUCUUGCCAACUCUCCGUCUAUGAGAGAUUUGCUUCAAGACCACCCCUAUGACCACCAGUUCUUGCCGUGGCGUUUCAUCAUCAGUCACCGAUAUCCCCAGAACGAUUGUCGUUCUUGCAGUAGCCAAAUUGAUGGGUUCGGGCUAUUGUGUCCUUUCUGUACUUGUGCCGUCCAUUUCGAUUGCUACGACCAUCCAAGCGGAUGCCAUAUUGCUAAGUACUCCGCAAUGUCAGGCGCGAGCGUGCAGAAGGUAGCGUUGUAUCGUUUCUCAUAUCUAUCUUCCAACAGACGAGACCAUGGUGUCUGGACACUUCGAAAGCGCGGCCACACAUUUCGAUAUGUCAACUUAUUCACGCUCUGUCUUUGUUCAGCAUGUCGGCAGCCUUUGUGGGGGUGCACGGCGCAGGGACUCAGAUGUACCUCUUGUCUUCAAUUUGUCCACGUUCGUUGUGCAUCCUCUCAUACCCUAUCAGGAUGCCAUUACUAUGAGUAUGACUCAAGCCAUAUGAUGAUCGAGUGGAAUGCACUCCGGCAGUCCUGUGUCGAUUUUUACGGAGAUAUACUUUUGCUGUCUCAGGAGCAACUUCGGGGGAGAUGUUUUGAGGAAAUAUCCGUCAUGGCCUCCAUACUCUGGACUCAGUUACAACUGUUGGCUAAUGGGGUUGCUCUUGGAUCCAUUCUCAUCACUCACAAUGGCCGGGGCGCUGGAGAGCUGACAUCGCACAAAGUAGCUGAAUUUGAGCUCCAUCGCGUCCUGCAGACAUGCGAAGAUCUGAUAUCGCAAGAUGUUCUAACCGUGUCUGCUGCUACAGAAGACUACCUGCAAGACAAUGGCCUGCAGCGGUCUGAACAUACAAUCUUCUUCGAUUGGUCUAAACUCAUUUACAUUACCACGACGAUAAAAUUCCCUGCGGCACUUCAUGCCACGGCCCCUCCAGCCAGCCAAUCGUCCCUCCUUACCGUUACUCAGCCCGAUAUAUUAUCCGCUGCUAGGGAGUCGCUAGACCAUCCGUUUGAGAUGCUGCCCUUAUCACAUAUGCGGGAUGCUCUCGGAAGAGACUUCGAUCUGCACUCAGACGCAAUAGCCAAGUAUUUGUUGUCACACCUCCAUCAUUUAGGAUUUUUCGAGAGAAUAGACAGACACCCGACCCUCUUCGAUGAUAAUCCAAACGUGAAUAGCAUCUCAUGUAGUUUCCCCUUACCCCUUGGUCUCGACUUAUCCACAGAUGUGGAAACUCUUUUUGCAUCGGUGGAAGCAUGUCUUUCAGAUUUGGAUCUAUCUGUCAACGAAACAGGUUUCCUUCUCCUCUGCAGGCGUCUCUGGCCCAAUGGCAUGGCGUCUGAGUAUGCAGUAAGGCGGCUGACACAUGCUAUCAUUUCUUGGGUUUUUGCAGAGGAUGACAAUCUUGCUACGAUACUCCGUGACUAUAUCGCGAAGCAGCAAAGCCUUCCUGGUGUUCGGAUGGCAGACGAUGUCAGCCCUUGGCCUGAGGCUCAGACGUUGCGGCAUGCCCCACCAAGUUCUGUCCAUAACGGCGGUGACUACGUAAUGGCUAGACGGUCACUGUUAUCGCAUUACGCCAUACCGUGGCUAUUGACUUUACACAACGAAAGCGCGGAGAACUAUGCGAUCCUAUUAUACGAAAUAUCUGUUCAGCUGGCGCAACCCUCUUUCGCUGCUGAUCUGCUGCUCUCCCCCUCACCUAUUUUCUCUUUAUCGACAUCGACAGAUGUUGUUACGCACAAUUGUGAUGCCCAAUACUUCGACAGGCUGCUCCGUCUCAUUAUCCGUCUUUCUCAAAAUUCAGUAACUUUCACAAUUUUUGACGAUUUAUUUGUGCGUUGGUUAGAGGCGGUAUCAGCUUCAGAUCGUUUCGAAGAGCCCAUACCAUCACUAAGUCGUCUGUUCUUACGGGAUGCCCAGGAGUCAACUUCAAGAACAAGUGUAUUCGAUUCCACAGCAGGUCAAGAUGGUGGUGGUGCUGCGAUAGACCCCUGGCGCCGGGUCAUCAGCGUUUCUACUGAAAAUAAAGCUGGUCUUUUACGCAGUCUGCGCUGGAUACAUGUCUUUGCACGUUCUGGUAUCGACGUACCUAUCCAGACAUAUUUUCACUUCAUCACUUUGAUGGAAAAGUUUCAGACGACAGUUACUGAGUCGCUGUUAUUCGUCAAAACCAUAAUGUCAUCGACAUGGCAAAGGCCAACAAGCCGCUUUGAAAUCCAAGACAUGUUUGCCAAACUCCAUACUCGCCUUAUGCCAGAGGUUUUGCAAAUUCUUUCUGGGGAGACAUACACAAAAGACGUGCUUGCCUUUAUUCGCCAGACGCUGGCUACAUGCUUGCUACUGUACGGCUGCAACCGAAGCAAGAUCGUGGACCUGGAAAUGGUUCACAAUGACGAGAUCAAAGACAUGGCUUCUCGGCGCAAGAUCAACAUUCGCAGCUCGAUAGUGUCCGAUCCUAUCAUCGUUCCUCCCAAUUUCAUGGCGGCCAUUAAUCGAUAUAUGAAUGCUGACGUUGAUGACGUUUCCUGCCUGAUAGCAAAGUUUUUUUUUAUGUUUCUCAUGCGCUCACCGUAUCUUGAACCUCAUGAAGUGGAUAAUUUUAUCCUCAAGAAUGGAAGCAUGCUAUGCAAUUGCGCAUGGCAGUUGUACGGAAUUCGUCGGCAGGAAAUCUCUGCCUUCAGGGCCCCAUUUCUUCUGCGAACGUUAGUUGUAGACGCCCAACCUUUUCAGCUUAUCCUGAAGAAGUACUUCCGCGCUGAAGGUGAUUGGGAACUUAGGCUAGAAGGCAUCGCCCGACUAUUUCGCAUAAUCUUGGAUUCUCCUACUCCAGACUUUCAGGUCGAGGGUAGGCAAUGGAAGUCGAGCGUCGGCGACGUGUUCUACUAUUUUUUUUCUUCCCUUUGGGCAGACAAAAGAGAAGAAAUUCGGCUCUCAGCUGACACCCUGGUUUCAAACAUGCUUACGGCGCAUUUCAAUGCGAUAUCCUCCUGUUGGGAUGAAGUUCUAUCCAAGUCACCAGUCGAAGAACGCGUCAAAUUGGUGUCUUUCCUGAUACAAUUACGAUCACAUUUCCCUACAUGGAAGGUGGUGUCUUGGGAGGUUAUUGUCGAGACACUUCUCGAAGAUCAAUAUGAUGAAAAAGAAAGUGGCGACGGACCUGCCGCUGCGCACCUGGCAAAACUCGUGGCACAGUCUAUGUAUGGUCUAUCUUCAAAGGACGAUAUACUAUCCGAUGAGCCCAUGAUUUCGUCUGAUACUGCACUUCUUCGUGCCUCUAUUCUACAUCUGAGCCUCGGCAUGAUUGCAGAAGGUAUCAAGAUAGAGUACAAUGACGUGCUUCGCAUCAAACACCACUUGGUCAGAGCCUUGGGGUUCGAUAAGAUCGCAUUGGCACCUACAUCGAAUGGACAUACAUUCUUCGUCGAGUUUGGUGAAACCAAAGACAUACCAGAAGUCGCAUAUCCUUGUGUGACCGAGCUGACUGUGGUUUUGGACGCUCAUCACGUCCUUGAUUUGAGCACAAUCAGUACAGGGAUACAGGAAAGUGCUGAUAGCACCACUCCUCUGCUCAUAGGUGCCCCUUACGUAGAUGUGUGUUUGGGUCUAUUCUGCACGGUUAGGGCUCCGGAAUCGUUACCGGUUCUGGUGCUCAAGAGCAUGCUUGAAGCCUUGGGCAUCGUGAUUUACAAGCAUAAUUUCGAAAAGGUUUACCUCCGUCAUUUGCAGCAGACCCUGCGGAGGGCAGUCUCGCGUGCUCUGGAGCUUCUUCUUCUGGAUAUCAAUUAUGAAUGUCGACAAUUGGCUCUUUCUGUUGUUCAAGCGUAUAUAAAGCGAUGGCACGGAUCCAUUCGAUCUUUUGUUCACUUUGCAAUUGAACAGGUCGCGAAGCUCGUUGCUUCGCAGAGCCAUCUUUCCCAAGAUGCCUUAGUGGCUCAAGGCAAAGCUUUCAUUGAAUCCAACCUUGUGACAUACUGCAACAACGGAAUAUUUACUGGACUCCUCCGGCGUGAUCUCGAUCCUGAAAUCUUCGUAAUUCUGAAGCAGGUUACCGAUGCGAACGCCAAGGCCUCGCCUAAAACUCCCGCUAAUCUGCGUGAAUCCUUGUUGCGGGACACUCUUCCUAGGGCCGUAGAGACGGACCAAACUGCCUUCCAAGCUCUGUUAAAGAACCUGCAGAGCUACAUAGAAGUAAUAUAUCAUCAAGGGUACUCACUUGAUUUAAUGUCAUUCGUAGGUCAACACUUGGUUCACCUCGCUCGUCGUAGUUUAGAAUGGGCCUCCAAUGCCAUCAACCCUUCCCCCUUACUCUCUAUCGCGACCAUCCUAAUUCAGCACAACAAAUCCCAAAGUCGAGACAUGUUGACAUAUACGGACGCCAUCCUUCGUAUAGCACUGACUAGGUUGGCCGUUGAUGAAGCAAGUCUUUCCAAACUCAUCCAAGUGACUGCUACGCUCUAUCGGAAAACACAAACAACAGAUUCUGUGCCCACAAAUACCAUUAUUGCUGUCAUCCUCGAAUUACUGUCUGACGGGCUUCGUAUGAAGGUCCGUGUCCUGCCGAUAACGUUGAAGGCAAUGCUUGUAGCUGUAAUGACAACAGAGAUCGCCGGGCAUACAACCCCCGCUGUUCUGUAUCAUCAACAAUUUGCGGCUAUAGCUGAGAACGGCUUCCACUUUCUACAGAACCAUGUGUGGACAGAUAUGCGCACCGAUAGCGACUAUUCGGCGUCUUUGAUGAUAGGAAAGUUUAUACUCCAAGCGGCUAUACUUGAUCCAAGCGUUAUGACUAGACGAUCUUCACGACAUUAUAUGACCAUCCGGGCGUGGAACGUGCUCAUUCUGUCUGCACUAAUGGAUCCAUCUGAAAAUUGGAUCACGCUGAUUUAUAUGCAACUUCCAACGUUCUCUUCUGCCUAUCAGACUGCUCUUAGAGGAUACCUACAAGCAGGCACAAGCCCUCCAGAAUCUGCAAUAACGGACAUCAAUCACGCAUACGUGGCCAUCAAAUUAUGGCUUAUAUUGGCGCAGAAGCGAGCUGUGAAAGAGGAAGAAGGUUGCGUGUCGGCGUUCACGGUUUGGAACGAACUGUGGUUCCCGUUCGAGAGUCUUGUCAAUGUCUUUGAAGCGGAAGUGCAAGUAGGCUUGUCAAUGACGCUGGCCAUGCUCACAUGGUCGACAGUUGCUGAGCUUUUUCUUUUCAUUCGAGCUCUGCAUAGCCCUGUGGCUUCAGAGUCGGCAUCACACAUUAGCCUGCUAAAACGGCUGAAGAAUCUUGGUCGCGGGGAAGCGCAUGCAUCCAAACUAUCACGGGCACUGCGCAGCAUGUCCGAACCACCUCCUGAAAUACCCAUAGGUAGUCAUAUCAAUCAAGCGGCGAAAGACCUCAUUGCAGCGGAGAAACUGAGGAUCUUAGAGGCAAGGAGAGAACCGAAACUAGGUAGAGGUGGGAUGUAG